UUCUCAUCCUCUUCCACCUGUCUCAUACUGAUGCGUUCCGUGCUCAGAUACUGAACUCCAGAGACACGCUAUUACUGAUUUCUGUUAUUAUACAUUAUAAGAAGAAUGCGUGUCGUGUAAACCGUGUGAACGCUCGUGGGAUGCGUGACUGACGGAAGCUGGGCUGGACGAACGGCUACUGAUUCUGAACUUAGUGGACUGUUUGUGAGAUGAAGAGAGUCAUUUAGAGGAAGACACACUCGAGUAAACAUCUAUUUUUAACACGAACUGAAGUGGACAUUUUUUGUAACAUGCAGGAUUUUUUUUAAAUCAAACGGAGAACACGGUUUUACGCACGUAAGGCGUUUAGUGCUCAAGUUUGCGUUGGUUUUAAAUCGUUAAUUUUAGUUUUAUUUCAGCUUGUUUUUUUAUAUAAAAAAAUUGUAUCUAUAUAUCACAUUUUUAAUAUUGAAUUUUUAUUACAUUUCGUUUAUUAUGUACUGUUAAAUAAAUAAGAAACAACGCCUACAGACUCAGCAUGUGGAAAAAUGCAUCCUCCAAAAGUUUCCUCAAACGAAUAAUAUUGUAGAGCAGGCUAUAUUUGUGUUGUGAUCGCACACGUCUGCAGCUGGAUAUGGCCAACACUCUGGAGAGAGAGAUUCUGGAGCGGGAGCUCCGUCCACGGCUGUGUUAUGUGACAAAAGGAGAUCGUGGCUACGGAUUUCAUCUGCACGGGGAACGCAACCGAGGAGCGCAGUACAUCCGCAGGAUCGAGCCGGGGUCCCCCGCGGACCUGUCCGGUCUCAAGUCCGGCGACCGGGUGGUGGAGGUGAACGGAGAGAACGUGGAGGGAGAGACGCAUCAGCAGGUUGUUCAGAGGAUCCUGGAGGUGGAGCACCGCACCAGGCUGCUGGUGGUGGACCGGGUCACCGAUGAGUUCCUGAAGUUUCACGGUCUGCCGUGUACUGAGGAUAGGGCGAUUGAGAUGGGAUCUCUGUCCUCUCGCUCCUCAGCGGCGUCCUCCCCCCGUGCCUCCCCGCGAGACCCCGCCACCCCUUCCUACAGCAGACAGAGCUCAGAGGGCAUCUUCAUUAAUAAGAGUCCCAGCAGCGCUGGAGGAGUAAUGAACGGCUCUCCACUCUACAGAGCUCAUGCCCGUCUGUCGUCACCCGUGUUUGUGCCUCUGUCGUCACCCGCUGAACACAAGACUGAAGCAGAGAUCAAACCCUUCACCAAACUCACUGUGGAGCCCAGCGUCACCCCCGAGCCCGAACAUGAGACCGAACCGGUGCGUGACCUCAGCACUGACCCCAGCGUAUCAGAGACCAGCACACAGGAGGAGAUGCUGUCAGAGGUGGAUGUGGAAACGAAGGACCUGCGUCCUCGCUUGUGUCACAUGACCAUCGGCGAGCAGGGCUACGGCUUUAACCUGCACUGUAAGAAGUCCCGCGUGGGUCAGUUCAUCCGCUCGGUGGACCCCGACUCUCCGGCGGAGCGCGCGGGACUCAGGCCCAGAGACCGGCUCAUCGAGGUGAACGACAGGAGCAUCGAGGGUCUGCGUCACGCUGAGGUGGUGGCGUUGGUCAAAGCGGGCGGCACAGAGACCCGUCUGCUGGUGGUGGAUCCCGACACAGACGAGCUCUUUAACCGGCUGGGUAUCAUUCCCACAUCCAUUCAUCUUAAAGAGGACUGUGUGGACGGGCCAAUCAUAGAGAGUCCUGAAGCACGCAGCGCGGUCCCAGACGCCCCCAAGAUCUCUCCACCAAUCAUCAACAUCACACUAACUGACCCACCAAUCAGCAACGGCUCCCCAAGACACCAGAGUCACAGAAGCUCCUCCUCUCGGUCCACGUUAUCAGAGACCAGCGCCGAAAUCAGCAGCUUUGACAGCAGCAACAAGCACACAGAUUCUGACCAUCUCUCCAGCGAUGACGCCCGUAAACCAGAGCGAGAUGUGAAGUCUGAGGAUCCGUUUCGGGAGAGCGGUCUGCAUCUGAGUCUGACCGCGGCGGAGGCCAAGCAGAAAGCCCGGGCCAAACGGCCCAACAAGAGAGCGCCCCCUAUGGACUGGAGCAAGAAACAGCAAAUCUUCAGCAACUUCUGAGCAGCACAAACAUCAGAAAGUUCACCUUAGUUAUAGACAGAUUCCACCGACACACAGACCAAAUACAUGCAGCUUAGACCAGAUUAGAAAUGUGUGAAUUUAUCAAAAAAGGAUGAGUUUGGAUUCAGGCUGAUGUGUGUUAAAAGCAGAUCUGAAAGUAUGUUUUGAACAGAAAUGCGGCAGGUUUGGACAUCAUGUUAUGUGUUUAACAUAAGCCUGCAUUUUGUUUCUACGAAGUGUUCCACAAUUAGCCAGUUGGUUAUUUCACCCAAUAACGCACAAGUUCCCCUUUUUGAAGAGGCUUUCCUGCCAUCACAUUGCUUCUCUUUCUCAGAGAUAAUAAUGCAACAGCUGUUUCCACAGACCAGAAAAUACGGAAGGAAUGAAAAGAGAGUAAGAAAACGUCAUUACAAGGCAGAAACGGUAGGAAGGAAAGACAUACUGAAGGAAAGGUGAAGAGAGAGUGUAAUUGCAAUAGUUAUAGUCAUCGAAAGACGUCAAGUGAACGUCGAGCUGAGAAGCCAAAGGUUGUAGGUUCAAAUCCCUGAAGAAAGAAGUCAUGAUCUUGCACUAUUAAGAGAAGAUGUACAGUGAGAAGAACAGCGGAAGAGAAGUUUGAGACAGAGAUCUUUACACGGUAAACACAUGUCACCAGAUCACAUCAUCUUUGUGCUAAUAUGAAGGCUGGGCGAUACAACCAAAAAAACUCAAAUCAGUCAAAACCUAUGAUUAUCACAAUACAUUUCAAUUCUCUAGUUCUCUCAAGUUUAAGGAUUUUUGCUUCUUAAGUGAAAGUUGUAGAAACCAGACCAUUAAUUGUGGUUGUAAACUACUCUUUAUGAUCAGACAGACACUUCACGCUUUUCCAGUCAUUUCACAAACAAAACUGUAAUUAUAUUACAUUACUCCUUUAAUACGUCUAAAUUAAUAUUAUAAAGUUCGAUAUUAAUAUCCCACCUUUGAAAACCAUAGAAAGUGUUACUACAGUUAAUCCAUUGUAAAUGAUGCAAAAAAAAAACAUUAUAUCCCACACUCAAUGAACUCUUUUUAUCGAGGAAAAUUAUAUCGCAAUAAUUAUAGUUAUGGUUUUAUCGCCCAGCCCUAACUAAUAUACUCUUAAAGCCUCACAAUAUUCACUAGACAUAUAGCUACAGUUAAAUUGUAUAAUAUUUAGGUCCCAAAUCGCGAAUUUAUGCACUAUUAUAAGACAUUUUGUAGUAUAAAUAGUGUGCGUAAUGAGUUUGCACUGGAAAUUCACAAAAAAUAAAUUGGGGGGGGGGGGGUCUAGCGACGCUUUUUAAAGCAAUGUUUGCGUCAAUUUCGAUUUCACAUACAAACGUGAGUAGAAUAGGCUAAUUAAUAGUGCUGUCAAAUGAUAAAUCGCGAUUAACCGCAUCCAAAAUAAAAUUUUUGUUUACAUAAUAUAUUAGUGUGUACUGUGUUUAUUUAUUAUGUAUAUAUAUAUAUAUAUAUAUAUAUAUAUAUAUAUAUAAAUGCGCACACAUACAGUAUAUAAUUUGAAAAUAUUUACAUAUACAUUACAUUACAUUACAUAUACAUUUAUAUAUUGUAUUUUAUAUUAAAGAUAAAUAUACUUGAUUUAUAAACAGAAUAUUUUUCUUAAAUAUAUACAUGCAUGUGUUUGUAUUUAUAUAUAUUCAUAAUAAAUAUACAUAGUACACACUCAUAUUAUGUAAACAAAAACUUAUUUUGGAUGCGAUUAAUCACGAUUAAUCAUUUGACCACACUACUAAUUACAUUUGUCUAGUUUAAUGUAAUACGAUUUUUUUUUCCGUCAGUGAUAGAAAAAUUAUUUAAAUCGUUAGUGUAAGCAGGUUUAUUUUAAAAAAGUUUAAUUGCAAAUAUGACACAAUUUGACAAUUUUUCAAUAAAAUUAGAGUUAUUAGAGGAAAUAAUUAUUUGCUAGGACUGAUGGAGUGAUGAAUGCUGCACAAACACGCACGCAUGUGUGAAAUUCGGAUGUGCUACAUCCACCAUGUUGUUACUAUCACAUGACCUACCAGUAUCAGUUGCAUGCUUCACUUCCAUGCUCUCCCGUGGCCUCAUGGGAUAGAAAGAUGUCCAUCCAAUGCACGCUUCAGAAAGCAGCUGAUCCGGUUAAUUUUUUUGCUUACUGUUUUUCGAAUACUAUGAAUUCUGACAUACUACUCACUGCCUACACUGUUUUUCGCCUACUAGAAUGCAGCUUAAGUGUGUAGUGUUGGACACUUCAUGCACUCAACUGUUGCAGCUUAAAUUACGUAGCGAAGGGGAGGGGCUAUCAAACUCUGAUUACGAAUUAAAAAUAACCUUAUAAUACAUACACUGAUUGAGUGCAUAGUGAAUAGUGCCUCAUUUGGGAUGCAGCUUCCAGGAAAACAAAUAAAUAAAUAUAGAUGACAUCAUCCUGCACCAGACGGAUUUUUGUCCAAUCGGGUGCUGUCUAGAAUGAGCAUACUGGCUAAUUGCCAUUUUCUUUAACACUGAAUGAAUAUUUAUGUAUUUAUUUUCUUACCAUGUUCUCAUAAAUGCUGGUUUAACAUUUCUACAUGAUAUUGAAUGUUUAUUGUACCACACAGGGUAUUUACAGACAUUAUAUUUUAGGUCAACAAUAACCAGUCGGUGAACCUCUAACUCUUUUUGACCUCAAACUUUGUGUGGAUUAUAAAAUCAAAAGUAAAACAAUGUCUUUAAAAAGAUAAACAAACAGAAAUGUAGCGAUAUAUAUAUAUAUAUUAAUAAUUAAUAACAUUAUAUAAUUAUGUAUUAUGAAAACGUAAAUUAAUACAACAGUGAAUCUGAUUACAGAAAAUAAGCCCCAGUAUAUUUACAUGUGAGGUAUGUAUUAUUAUUUUAAGUCUCAUUAAUGUAUAAUAAUUGUUCUUGUCGCCCUCGUCUUAUGUAUGUCAAUUUUCUCAUGUUCUGGGCGCGCCCUCACACACGUAUAAACCGAAAUAAACAGAGUAUUUUAGAA